AAAACCAUAUUACAACAAAUUAUAAAAGUACAAAACGAUAAAAAAACUGGACGUUGAAAAACAUCUAGCUUGUAUUUUCAAGGUUAGGCAAAUCCACCGUUGCCAGAUGGGUAGGACAGGAUUUCCCCGGAGCACGCUCAAAAAAUCUCUUAAAUCACACUGCAACCGAAAAGGGUAGGCAAUUGAAAAAUCUGAUUAACAAAGUAUCUUUGGGAUCCUCAUUCCAACCGCGGUGCCCUGGCAUUUAGGUUUCUGGCUGCACAGUGCUUCAGUGUAAAAAAAAAGUUAUUAGUAAAACAUGUAUGUUAUCUCAUAUUUGACUAGGCUUGUAGGGUCAUACGCAGAAGAUUUAUACGAUUUAUCAACAUGGGAUUAUCUGUUUGAAGUUCAAAUGUAUCCCUGUUAAUGCCGCAAUAAUGUAUGAGUAAAUACAUAUUGCGAGAACGAGACUUCUCUCUUGCUCCAUAGGACUAGGAUACACAGCUCUUUCUACUCCCAAUUGACAAUGUAGAGAUGUGGCGACAUACGGAAAAAAAGAGAAAUUUUUUUAUUCAGAAGUGAGCAGUUCUGGCUGAUUGAAAAUGUAAUAGAAUACCAAAAAGUUCUGUUUUACCAACAAAAUCCCACAGAACUUAUAUUCCCCAAAAAAUUUUCGGAUGUAAAAUCUCUCGAACUUAGAGAAAAAUCUCUCAAUACGGCAACCCUGGGAAAAUUAGUUCUAACGGACUACCGAUAGAUGCCGCAAAAUACCAUUACAAAAAUCUUUCAUGAUAGCAUACCAAACUUCGAUAUGCUACACUUAGAUGGCGCAGGACAAAAUACAAUUAUUAUAUUCGUUACAAAAAAUCUAGGAACGUUGGAGUUUAGGUUUAAAAACUGUAAUUCUUCGAAAUGAGAGAUUCUUUUACCAACACCUACACUGAAAAGAUCAUUCAGGUAUCCGCAACUCGUUGACAGUUGAAACUGACAGAUAAGGGUGACAAGUGACAGGUGGGUAACAUUGCCUCAAAGCAAACGAAACUAACCAUGGUUUUUUAGUAGAUUAUUUAUAAACUUUUUCUAUGUAAAAAACAUCAAUUAUUGAUUACAUCAAUUAAUACUUCAUGAUGUCUUAAACUGGCAUAUCGUGUAUACGGUUACAGUCUCGUAUCUAGAAAAAUGUAGUUACAAAAGGGAUUUCAAAGUUUUCCACUUGAAAUAGCGCAACAUUAAAUUCAGUAGAUCCGAUGGGUUCUCACCAAAAGCAAAUAUAUCUAACUUCCGACCGAUUAUGCAGAACCUGCAUGUAUAGUGGUGCAGAUGUCAUUUCUUUAUUUGAUGUGAUUGAUAUUGGGGAAAAGAAGGAAACCUUAAGCUCCAUACUUGUAAAAUGCACUUCUAUCCAGGUUACCAGAAAUGAUAUUUUCCCUCAACAAAUAUGCCAAAUAUGCUUGAAACGGCUGUUGGACGCAUUUUUAUUUAGAGAAGAUUGUCACAAGAUACAUCGAAAGUUUGAAGAGCUGUUCCAAAGUCAGACCACCUUAUUGUGCGAUAAUGUAUUGGACACUAUAAACAACGAUACUGGAAAUGUUCUAGCAAAAAAUGAUUGUAUUUCUAAUAAUGUCUCAAUACAAAGUGUGACUAAUAGCAAGAGUAUUCAAGUCGUAGAUGAAAUUAAUGUAAAAGUAAAACCUGAACGAUUUGAAGAUAUCUGUGUGGAAUCUGACCGUAACAUAACUGAAGAGACUGAACUUGCCGAUUUAGAUUUUAAAUAUGCUUGUUCUAAAUGUGACAAGACUUUUUGGACUGAACACACCUGGAAAAUGCACGAUAAUGUCCAUGCUAAGAGAAAACUGACAAAAUGCGGUGUCUGUGGAAAAGCAUUCACGAGGCCUGCAGAUGUGAAACGUCACAUGUCAGUUCACACGGGUCUGAAACCGUACACUUGUGCCAUUUGUCAAGCAUCUUUUACACAAUCUGGAUCGUUGGCUACGCACAUGAAGAAACAUGAUGAAUUUAAAGGAUUGAACACUAACAAGAAAAAGAUGGAGCAGAUGGCAUAUCUUUGCUCUCACUGUGGGAAAGAAUUUAAACAUUGUUCUAGUUUGAUUACCCAUGUUAGAGGACAUAAUAAGGAUAAACCAUACUUUUGCACUGUGUGUGAUAUGAGGUUUGUUUCUAAUGGAAAACUAACUUCCCAUAUGCGAAUCCAUACAGGUGAAAAACCGUACAUUUGCAAAUGUUGUGGAUCCUCGUUUUCUCAAUCAACAACCUUAAAGAAACACAUACGAUCUCACAUGGGCGCAAAGGAUCACAAAUGUCAGCAGUGCAGUAAAAGUUUCGCCACUUCAUACUACUUGAAUAUACAUAUAAGAAAACACACAGGCGAACAGCCACUGAAGUGCAGCGUUUGUGGCAAAUCAUUUUCGGAUCCGAAGAAUCUGAAACAACACAUGAUGAUCCACAGCGGAGAUCGACCGUACCGCUGUCUGACAUGCGGAAAGGCGUUCAGAAGAAGUCACCAUUUGAAAACGCACAUGGCUGGUCACCUAAGAAACUUGCAACUUGUAAGAUAAUUCGUAUAUUGUUGUCUUUUCAUGGUUAUACUCAGUUCUCUUGAUUCACGAACAGCAACAAUGCACUUUCUUGUUUCCUUGGCCUGAUACAUUUUUUUGCAAUACAUGGUGUUUCCAACACAUGGGGAACUAUUUACAUAUUCUAUAUAGGUAUUUUUGUACGAAAUUUCACUAUGUACGGUGCAUUCUGGUUUUCCAUGAAAUAUUUUUUCGAAUUUGUUUUUGAUACAGCAGGGAAAUACAAGUACAAAAUGUACGUGAUGAUUGUACCACGACUCGUAACACCGAGUCUCUGCACAAGGUGAACAAAUCUACGGGGCCUUGGAUGACGACGUCUUGGAAAACGAUCUGCAUACACUCGCGAAGCCUCGGUCGCAUUUUGAAGACACUCAUCGUAAAUUAACAGCAUGUCUACUAGUUCGCUAUUGGUGUAUGAGUGUGCCAUUUUUUUUUAUUCUUUGAACAGGAAUCGGGUACCAAUGUAAUCGUUUGUUGAGCUACACUACCGGUUAGGUUGCAUGCUAGCGUAUUUACAUCGUAGUCGUACGUCGUAUAACUGUACGUCGUGUAAAGGAAAACCUCAACUUUGCGGACACCGUAAAAGUUAGUCAGUUAAAUAGAAAACAACUGAAAAAUUCGGCAGGCGUUCAUGAAAUUCCUAUAACUAUUAUUAGGGGUUCAUUAGAUGUAUUAAGCUAUAUAUUUAUUCUAUAUGAAGGCUUGUACCUUUAGUAGUUUAACCUAUAUGUAGUGUUCGUGGUUACACCAUUUAUUACAGUUUUUACUAGUUCAGAAUGAGCAAAAUGUCACUCAGAUUAUGCAGUUUAAUCUAGCGCACAUCAUCAUAAUAUAGCGUCAAGUCCAGUAAAUAGUACGACAACAUGUUUUUUAAACUAUAAUUUUUUGCUUCAGUUUUUUAGGUUCUUUAAAAAAUCAGUUCUGAGUGAUCCUCCUCUAAAGUCAACUGCUUUCUAGUUGUAAGCAAAAAAACCCUAAAUAUAAUUUAAAAACAUGUUAAAAAAAAUUAUUUUUGAGGUUGUAAGGUGCUCAGUAAAGUUGAGACCUCAAGGAAUAUGUUAAACUUGAGUUUAAUAAAAACUAAUUAUAUAUAAUAAUAAACUUGAACUGAAAAGUAUUCAGUUCCAAAGAUCGAUGUCGUCUGAAAAUUUUAUGAUGAGGAAUACUUGCCAUUAGCAUCAUUUUCUUUUCUCCAUUUUACUGAAUUCCAGAGCAUCUCAAGAGCCCUUUGAGUAUCGUAUUGUUGGUGCAUGAUGAACCUUCGUAACCAGUCGUCACUGGUUUUCACCCUUGCCAAAUCUUUAGGGUGAACAGCUACGAAAAAACGAAAUGUUCAAUGUUAGACCGGAAAUAUCCGUUCAGGGGUACAUACAACCGCUUCCUUUUGAUUGCACAUCUUUUAAAAAUAAAUUUCGGAGUUGUUCUAUCUGGUUUUGGGGCACGGACAUCGUAUACAGCGAAAAUCUCAAUUAAAACCGCUAAAAUUACGCUUAGCUAGAUAUAAGAUAAGCUGAUCGACUCGAGGAAAGAUUUUAUAUAUAUAUAUAUAAAUAUAUAUAUAUAUAUUUCUCUUUCAAUAACCAUAUUACAACAAAUUAUAAAAGUACAAAACGAUAAAAAAACUGGACGUUGAAAAACGUCAAGCUUGUAUUUUCAAGGUUAGGCAAAUCCACCAUUGCCAGAUGGCUAGGACAGGAUUUCCCCGGAGCAAAAAUAGGGACGAUAGGCGAAGGGCAGAUCUACAACAUACCAAAAAAUGACCCUAGUAAAAGUUUCACUGUUUUUGAGAUAUUAAUUUUUUUGUCUCUCUUUUUUUAAUCUAUAUUUUGUUGCUGAGCCUAGAAAUAACAGGAUAUCUGUUUGUUUUUUUAUUUGCAAAAUAUUCUCGGAUAUUGGUCUGCCAUUUCAAGUAUCAUUUUCGAUAAAUACAAGUACGCAAACUUGUCAAACUAAUUUCUUCUUCGUAAUUUUUAUUUUAUAAAACUAUUUUGUUCAACUUUGCUGUUUAGCAAUGAAAUAAAAAUGUAGUAGAUUGCAACUGCAAAGUACUGCGAUAAAUUACCUGCUUAAUAAGCAACAAAAUAUAGAUCAAACGAGGAAAUUUUUCGAAAAAAUUAAUAUCUCAAAAACAGUGAAACUUUUACUAGAGCGAUUUUUUGGUAUGUUGUAGAUCUGCCCCAUUUUUUUGUCGUACUAUUUACCGGACUCCUUGUACGAGGCUUAGUUCUUAAACGUAAAAUAGUAUAAGCUCAAAAUAAUUUGUCCUGUGAACUGUAUAAAUCGACUUUAUCUGUGAUGAAAAUUGUUCGUGCAAGUCCAACUAAUGUUAAAGUAUUUUUAAGAUCCAUUUGGCUUUAAAAUGUUUCUAUCUGUGAUCAAAAUUGAAAUAUUUAUCGGCAUACCUGAUAUGCGUGAUUUGAAACGAAAAAUGUGUAGUUAAUUUUUAAUAUGUUUAUUGUGAUUGUCCUGCUUUUAUCUGUGAUCUAAAUUGAAAUAUAUAUUUCAUGUGAAAUGUGUGUGUGUUUCAUUUACAUCGAUCCGAGCCAGAAUCUGGAAGCGUAUAUUUUUUUUGCGGGGCUUAUCUUUACAUCUGGAUAUUCGUCGAGUGUUUAUAUGAAACUACAAUAUUUAAAUACGUGUAUUGUGAAGAAUUAUGUGCGACCGAAAAGGUUAUACAGUACUUUGGAGAUCUUUCUGUAAAGAUUCUACGAUCCACAGUUUAAACUUUCUUGUUAUGAAAAUGAAUUACUCACACAGGAUUUUUUGGAUUGUGUUCAACAUUUUCACUAUCAGCUCAACAGUAGCUUUCAUGGUUCAUAUGUGGGAAGACUACUUGGAAACCCCUACAAUUGUAACUCAAUCGAGCUCGAACAUUCCAAUUCAGAACGUCUACUUUCCAGCGUUAGCAGUUUGCAACAUGAAUAAGAUCAGCAAGAAAAAAGCCGUCGAAUACGCACAGGAAAUAAACUCUUAUAGGAAGCUGGAAAAUAUCGAUUCAAUUCUACAGGAUCUCGUAAGCUUAGGGCAACUAUAUACUUCCACAAGUGAAUCUGAAGGGAGUUUUAUAAGGCUUCAGAAGUGGAUGGACAAGUACGAUAAUUACACAGAAGAUUAUGAUAUCAGUCGGAGGCUUUUGCAGUUAAGCCCAUCUUGCGAAGACAUGCUCCAAUCGUGUAGAUGGGCUGAUGAGCAGCAAGACUGUUCCAAACUGUUCUCGACAAGGAUAACAUACGACGGAUUUUGCUGCACGUUCAACUAUGUGAGACAGUUUACAAAUUCCAAAAUUUACUCUAAUUCCGGACAAAAGAUAGAGCCAGGUUCCGAGGAACCAAGAAAACCCAUCGGUGCAGGAAUGAUGAACGGUCUGAGUCUGGCAUUAAAAAACGAUUUAGACGAUUAUUUCUUCACCACCUUAGAAACGACAGGAUACAAGGUGUUGAUAUUCAAUGCUGCCGACUAUCCAGACAAAAUAAGCGGUUCCCUGAACGAAAUCAUAAUAGGAUUUAAUCAGGAAGUUCUCAUUGGACUGCAGGUGGACCUUUGCAGAGGAUCUUCUUCCUUAGCGCAACUACCCUUAAGCUUGAGAAGAUGUAUGUUUAGAGCUGACGGUCGGACAAGUUUCGGUCCGUAUUCGCACAGCGACUGUUUGGUAGAUUGCAAAACGAAAAGUAUUGUUUCAUUGUGUCAAUGCAUUCCUUUUACGGUACCAGUCGAAUCGGAAGACGUCAGUGCCUGUUCUUUGAUAGAUCUGCCAUGCCUCGGGAGAUACACAGGGAAAUGGUCUAAGUAUUACCCAAAAGACUUGGAAGAUGAGGAAUUGCUGGUACAAGAAAAAUACGACUCGUUAUCUUGCGAACAUUGCUUACCAUCAUGUAGCCAUACUGUGUAUAAACCGUUCACAAGCAUUGCAAACGUACUAGACAAGUAAUCCUUGAUAAAUAUCAAAAUAUAUAAUUUUAAGAGCUUUUUUACAGGCAGAAUAUAACAUACGUUCAUAUUUUCUUCGACGAGAGUUUCUCAAACAUCUACAAAAUCAACUUGUUUCAGACAUGGUUUGAAAUAUUGAGUAAGUAUUAGUAUAUCCCACUUCUGAAUACUCAAAGACUCUUUCAAUGUUAUAAC